AUGCCUUAUUCUUAUAGCUCAUCUAACACUACUCCACCACUGCCUCUCACAGAACAGUUACCUGAUGACUGGUCACCCUUCCAGAACCGUACUGAAUUUGAGACAGCUGAAUUCCUGUACAGCCAUGCACAAAUGUCCGUGCCCAAUAUAAACACUCUUCUUGAUCUCUGGGCUACGUCACUCCUCAAACAUGGCGAUAUGCUGCCUUUUGUGGAUCAUAAGGACCUCUACAAGACCAUCAAUAAUAUUCCAAUUGGUGGUGUCAACUGGCAGUCCUUCAAAAUUCAGUAUUCCAGAGAGAAACUUGAUAUACCGGAUGUGCCUUCAUGGAUGAAUCAACAAUUUGAUGUUUGUUAUCGCAACCCUUGUGAAGUUGCAUGCAACAUCCUUGCUAACCCCGACUAUGUGAAUGAUUUUGAUUAUCACCCUUUCCAUGAAUAUUUGGUCAGUAAAGACGAACACUGUUACCAAGACUUCAUGUCAGAUGACUGGGCCUGGCAGCAAGCGGAUAUCAUUGCUACUGAACCUGACAUGCUCAGUGCAACAUUUGUACCCAUAAUACUUGGAAGUGACAAAAUAACUGUAUCUGUCGGCACCGGAAACAAUGACUCGUACAUCGUCCCUGUGUCCUCUUCCAUAUCUGUGCUAAGUUCUUCCAGCUCUAUGUCAGUACUGUCAGUACUAUGCGCCAAUGCUUGGUCGGCCUCUCCUUUCUUCACAUCAAAUUCCCAGAUCAACGAUUUGGCCACCAGGUUCACAGUGUGCAGGAAACACCUAGUGUGA